AUGAGCCCACAGUCGAAAUACAGUGGCACCCUUCAGCCAAAAGAUGGCAACCAUACUUGGGGCUGCUGGGACACGGGUGAUGCUCGACACCAUGAUGAAGCCAUGAUGGCUCAGCAGGACCGAAUUCAGCAAGAGAUUGCAGUGCAGAACCCUCUGGUCUCGGAGCGUCUGGAGCUUUCGGUCUUAUACAAGGAGUAUGCUGAGGAUGACAACAUCUAUCAACAGAAGAUCAAGGACCUCCACAAAAAGUACUCGUACAUCCCCAAGACCAGGCCUGAUGGAAACUGCUUCUACUGAGCUUUUGGAUUCUCCCACUUGGAGGCGCUGCUGGAUGACAGCAGGGAAUUGCAACGGUUUAAGGCCGUGUCCGCCAAGAGCAAAGAGGACCUGGUGUCCCAGGGCUUCACCGAGUUCACAAUUGAGGAUUUCCACAACACGUUCAUGGACCUGAUCGAGCAGGUGGAGAAGCAGACCUCAGUAGCCGACCUGCUGGCCUCCUUCAAUGACUCGGACUACCCCGUCGUGUACCUGUGGCUGCUCACGUCAGGCUACCUGCAGCGCGAGAGCAAGUUCUUCGAGCACUUCAUCGAGGGUGGGAGGACCGUCAAGGAGUUCUGUCAGCAGGAGGUGGAGCCCACGUGCAAAGAGAGUGACCACAUUCACAUCAUCGCGCUGGCCCAGGCCCUCAGUGUCUCCAUCCAGGUGGAACACAUGGACCGCGGCGAGGGCGGCACCACCAACCCGCACAUCUUUCCCGAGGGCUCCGAGCCCAAGGUCUACCUUCUCUAUCAGCCUGGACACUACGACAUCCUCUACAAAUAGGGCUGGCCCUGGCCUGCCACUGCCCUGCCUGCCCUCCCCUCUGCCAGGCGCUAGACAUGUACAGAGGUUUUUUGUGGUUGUAAAUGGUCAUACUUCACUCCCCUCCUCCCCCCGUCACACGACCUUCCACAUUUUAUUAAAGGGGAUGCUGGUGGUGAAAAAAA